AUGGUAUAUGGAAGCAAUACUGAAAGUGUUAGAAAGCAGUUGUGGAGGGACUUGAAUAGCUGGGUUGAUGACACUAAUUCGUGGGUUAUAUUUGAAGACUUUAAUGUGGUCAAAUUUGGUUAUGAAAGAAGCCCGGAAGUUGAUACUUCACAGGCAAUGAUUGAUUUUAAUGAUUGUAUCAUAAAUAUUGGUGGUAUUGAACCAAACAAUGUUGGCAAUGCAUUUACUUGGUCGUCUAUGCGAGGGAAUGAGGACAUGAGGAAAAAUCAUUGUCCUAUUAUGUUGUCUUGGGAUAAGGAGGAGAGAAUUAAGAGGUCGUUUAAGUUUUUCAAUUUCUGGAUGGAAAGUGAUAAAUUCAAAAUUAUUCUGAAGGAGGUGUGGUCUAAACAAGUGAGUGGAUCAAAAAUGUUUCAAGUAAGUGAGAAACUGAAAAUUCUAAAAAGUUGUCUUCAAAUGUUUGAUAAAAGAAAAUUCAGUAACAUCUCGACUAGAGUUUCUGAAGCUAGAUUGAUUCUUGAGGAUUUACAGAAAAGAAUGCUUGGUGAUGAAGUUUCUCAAAGUCUGUUUCAAGAGGAAAAAGAAGUGAUAACCAAAUUUCGUGCUCUUAGUUCUCUUGAAGAGAACUAUAUAAAACAAAAGUCGAGACAAAAUUGGUUGUCUCUUAGAGAAAGCAACACCUCAUUCCUCUAUAGAAAGUGCUCUACAAGAAACUUGAGAAAUUGGGUUCAUAGAAUCAAGACAAGUGAUGGGGUGAUUGUUCAAGGGAAACAACUAGUUCAUGAUGAAGCCAUCCGGUUUUAUAGAGAUCUUAUUGGAACUAGAAGGGAAAGCACAAGUCAUAUCCACUUUCUUCAUCAGAUUUUGACCAAAAAAGUCACCAUGGAGGAAAGUCGUCGGAUGAUUGAAGUAAUCAGUAAGGAGGAAAUUAAACAUGCUUUGUUCAGUAUGAGUUGGGAUAAGAGUCCAGGACCCGAUGGAUUCAAUGCAAAGUUUUUUAAGGAAAAUUGGGGUGUGAUCGGGCAUGAGGUUAGUGAAGGCGUUCUUGAAUUCUUUCAGAAUAGGAGGAUGCUUAAGCAAUGGAAUGUUAUGGGGCUUUUAAAGAUCUACGGUAGGAAAUACAUCUCUCCUCAGUGUAUCUCAACUCCUAAUUUCAUUGUAAGCGUUAACGAAGUUCAUGAUGGGUAUUUCAAGGGUGAAAACGGAGUAAGACAAGGAGAUCCCCUCUCUUCUUACCUUUUCGUUCUCAUCAUGGGGAUCUUUGAGAACGUUUUUAAAAUGCUCCGAAAGAAUCUUCCGUACAUCCACCAUCCACAAUGCAGGGAGGAAGAUAUUACACACAUUUUCUUUGCGGAUGACCUCUUUAUUAUGGCACAUGCUUUUUCUAGUGUUACAAGUUUGGUUAUUAAUGAAGGAAAAAUUUUAGCAUUCUACGGUGGUGUGAAGGAGGAAAUAAAAGCUAGUAAUUUUUAUAUUGUGGGGAUUCUAGAGGGCAGUUUACCGGUUUGUUAUUUGGGGAUACCAUUAUCGGCUAAGCAGCUACAGAUUUCACAUUGUAGGUCACUUAUCGAGAAAGUCAAGAAUUCAAUGAAUGGUUGGGCAACAAAAAGACUAUCAUACGCGGGUUGGAUUAAGCUAGUUACGAAAGUCAUCAUGGGAAUCAUAGGAUAUUGGGCAUAA